ACCAGGCUCCUCCUCCUUCCAAUCUUUUUCCUCUCUCCAUGGAAAAUACCGGGAUAGACAGAGGGACGUACUAGUCUGAAGCUACAUUAGGCUGCGGUAUCCAGGACCCCUCGCUAUGGGCAGCCAGGAAGCAGAGACCCAGGAGGCUUUGCAAACCCCAGGUGGGAUUCUAGAAAAUGGCAGACCAGAAGUUCCCCGUGAAGAGUCAAGUAGGUUUACCAGAGAUCAGCUCUUCGCAAUGGUAGCAACAGCUUGUUUGAACUUCAGUUCAAUGAUUUGCUAUUCAAUCCUGGGACCCUUUUUUCCAAGAGAGGCAGAGAAAAAGGGUGCCAGUGAUACAGUUGUUGGACUGAUUUUUGGAUGCUUUGCUUUAUUCAAUUUCUUGACUUCUUUAAUAUUAGGCAAUUAUCUUGUACAAAUUGGAGCCAAAUUCAUGUUUGUGGCUGGGAUGUUUGUCUCGGGAUGUGUUACAAUUCUGUUUGGUUUGUUGGACAAAGCACCCGAUGGACCAGUAUUCAUUGGUUUGUGUUUUCUGGUUAGAGCGAUGGAUGCCAUAGGCUUUGCUGCAGCAGUGACAGCUUCAUUUUCUAUUCUUGCAAAGGCUUUUCCCAAUAAUAUAGCUACAGUAAUGGGCAGUCUUGAAAUUUUUACAGGGCUUGGACUAGUGCUGGGCCCACCUAUAGGUGGCUUUUUGUAUCAGUCCUUUGGCUAUGAAGUCCCUUUCAUAGUGCUAGGAUGCUUAGUGCUGAUCCUGGUGCCUCUGAACAUGUACCUCUUACCAAAAUACGAUGCAGUCGCUACCAAGGAAUCAUUCUGGAUGCUCAUUACUCUGCCAAAAGUUGUAUUUCUCUGUUUUACUAUAUUUUCACUAAGUGCGUGUUUAGGCUUUCUGGAUCCCACUAUGUCACUGUUCGUUUCAGAGAAGUUCAAAUUACCAGCUGGUUAUGUGGGGUUAGUAUUCCUAGGUUUGGCACUCUCCUACUCCCUGUCUUCACCAUUGCUUGGGUUUCUAAGUGAUAAAAUGCCACACCUAAGGAAAUGGUUGUUGGUCUUUGGGGGCUUACUGACCGCACUGUCCUUUUUCCUGUUAGGACCUGCUCCCAUCUUGCACAUUGAAAGCACACUCUGGAUGUUUGUCCUAAUGCUGGUUUUGACUGGCUUUUCCCUUGGGAUGUCUGGUAUCCCACUGUUCCCUGAGAUGCUGCAUUGUGCUUAUGAGAAUGGAUUCGAGGAGGGGUUAAGUGUGUUGGGACUGGUGUCUGGGCUCUUCAGUGCAAUGUGGUCACUUGGAGCUUUUGUAGGACCAACAUUAGGUGGAUACCUAAAUGAGAGGCUGGGGUUUGAAUGGGCUGCCGCCAUACAAGGAGGAUGGGCGUUCUUAAGUGUAAGUAAAGCUAGUAUUCUUGCUUGUUGCUUUUAUUACAGACUGCAACUGUAAAAUAUUACACAAAUAUUACAACUGUAAUAAUUGAUGGCCGUUUCUUUAAAGGGGCUAGCUAUUGGAAUAUUCUAUAUCAUAGAGGCUUUACGAAGAAGAAGGAGAUCCAAUUUGCAGAUCCCUCUGGGCACAAAUGAAGAAAGAGCUCACCUAUUGGCUAGUGAGACAUAGCCAGGAAUACUUCUGGAUCAACAUUCUUCUUUUUUGUUUUUGAUUUUUUAGUUAACUUAGUGAUGAGAAGAGUGGACUUAACAUCCAAACAGUGUUGCAUAAUUCUAGAGCUGGGGGAGCCACUUCCCAUAAUGCAUAACACAUUGUGGAUUAUUUGUAAUGGCAACAUAUUGCCACAUUGCUGUCCUGAUGCCCUAUUUAAAUACUGCAUGCCUUUCUUUUGGAUGUUCCUGCUGUGGAUUGGUUGAACUGGUAAAUCAGAUGUCAGCCUACUUAUCUGUGUUCACAGUACAGUGCACUGAAGAGAGAUUUUGCACAAUGUGAAAGAAUUGUUUCAGAAUGUUCUGUUCUUGUACUUGAAUCUGCUGGGGACUAUCCCAGACUGUCUGUCACUACCGUGUUUUAUUGUAAUGUGCAUUUUCCUUUUUAAAAAAGGAAAAGAAUGGUUAAAAUAUCAUAUCUGAUAACAUUAGAUGUUCAAAGGGAAUUUGAAAUAGUGAAACAGUGAGUGUAAUACUCUGUUAAAUAAAACCAGGUAACUUCUUA